UCCAUCACCACCAGUUUGUCCAUUCCAGGGCCAUGACUCUGACAACUGUCAAACCUAAUUUCUUCAGUCCAUCCUUAGAGAAUGCUCCAGUCUCCAUCCGUACAAUUGUCCCUUCUCUUUCCAGUCCAGUCCUCAUCAGUUCAGUGGAGAGCAGGACAGAGCAGGACAAUGCUACGUAUAGAGGCACCUUCCCCACCGUCACUGUACCAGCCAAUGAGACGGGCUUCAACUCCACACAGCUCCCCAUGGCAUCAGUGGAUGGUGCUGGUAUGGGAAUGGUCCUCAUGCCCUUUGGCAUAAUCAGUAUUGUCGGGUUGGCUGUUGUCAUGAUGCUGUAUAUAAGGAAAAAGAAAAGGCUGGAGAAGCUCCGGCACCAGCUGAUGCCCAUGUAUAACUUUGACCCAGCUGAGGAGCAGGACGACCUGGAACAGGAACUUCUGGACCAUGGUCGAGACGGCAGCCCAGCAGGACCAAAUUCCAAAACUCUGACAGCGGGUCAAGGUAGCGCUCAAGUGGCAAGUCGACUGGUCUUUACGGACGUCGCUGAUGCCAUAAAUGUAUGACGUGACUCUUGCUGCCUAAAUGAAGAUUUCAGAAACCUCCAGGGACAUCAUGGAGGGAACGUGACUAUUCCAGCUUCAUGUUUUCACACUUGGCUGGACUCAGACAUCGAUUUAGCAAAUGUCUGUAGACUAUAAGGGAAAUUUCAAAGUAUCUCAAGGAGACUGGUAAGA